AUUUCAUACAUAUAUAUAUUUUUGUUAAUAUAUUUAGAACAAAGAGAUAAAAAAAAAAAUAAACAAAAAGUUUAGAUGUUCGUCUGCUUCGAAUAAAAGGGGCCGAUUGAAUAAAUGUUUUAAUCAAACCUGUUGAUUUUGUUUCCAUCAUAAUUAGUGAAUCGCCUUAAAGUAUUAUUGUUAAUGUUCUCUUUUUUUGUUGCUUGUAAUAUUAAUGAAGUAAUUACUGUUCUGAUAAAUUAAAUGGAAUCGGCAAUAAAAUGCGACUACAGCAAUCCUAGCAAAAGAUAUGAGAGUAAACCGUCUCCGAGUAAAAAAAAGUCAUCACUAUCGGAUGACUCAAUAUUAACUGAAAAAUAUGCUUUGGAAUGGAAGACAUUAUCUCGCCUAUCGGAAGAUCCGCAUUUGGUACAAUUACGACAAUCGGCUGUAAAUGGUGGUUUGAAAACGUCAAAAUUUCGAAGCAUUUGUUGGUCAUUAUUGUUGGGUGUGCUAAACGGACGAUCACAAUCAUGGGCUACACAAAGGAGAUGCGAUCGAAGCAGAUACGUCGAAUUAAUCAAACAGUUUUAUAUAAAUCCGAGAAUGGCGGCCGAAGAUGACCCGCUUUCUCAAUCUGAUAAAAGUGUAUGGAAUCAACAUUUUUGCGAUAAGGAGCUGUGCACGGUUAUCAGACAAGACGUUGUCCGUACAUUCCCGCAUAUUGAGUUUUUUCGAAAGCCAAGAAUACAGGAGAUUAUGAUAAAUAUUCUGUUUUGUUAUGCACGUGUUAACCCUGAAAUGUGCUAUCGACAGGGAAUGCACGAAAUAUUGGCACCCAUCAUUUUUGUCAUGCACUGUGAUCAUCAAGCACUAAUACAUGUUAAAGACAUUUCAAUACACGGUGUUGACAGUGAACUGAAAGAUGUGCUUGAUCCAAAAUUCUUGGAAGAAGAUUCAUAUUUUAUAUUCACAAAAGUUAUGACGGAAAUCGAACCAUUCUAUCGAAUACAUGAUCUUCAUCCAACUGCAACUGGUUACUUUCCAUCGAAUCCACAGUGCACGACUCACGGCGAUGUGAACAAUGUGUCUGAUUUGGAAGUGGUUAGCAAGUUGAAUAUGAUUCGUGAUAAGAUCCUUGCCAAAGCAGAUAGUCAACUACAUAAUCAUUUAUUGCAAUUGGAUAUUCCACUGCCAUUGUUCGGCAUACGAUGGUUGCGUUUACUUUUCGGCCGUGAAUUUCAACUGCUUGAUCUCCUUGUACUUUGGGAUGCAAUUUUCGCUGAAGGCGCUCAUUUUGAGUUGACCAAUUUCAUCGUUGUUGCCAUGUUAAUUAGUAUACGCGAAGAAAUGUUGCACAGUGACUACACAACAGGACUAUCGUACUUAAUGAAAUAUCCGAGCAAUAUUGAUGUUCUGCUCAUCAUUCGACAUUCACUUCAUAUGUACGCGCCCGAUAAAUAUGAACGACCACCAAACAAAUUCACUGUGUCAGCGAGACAGCAGUUUCCCAACACCAAUUCGACUCACCUAAAUGGCAAGACAUCGUCUCUACCACGAAAUAUACAUUCGAAAAAGACAACGCAAAAUCAAGUGAAACGUGUUAACGAUGAUUUAAUGCAUCGAAAUCAACGGCCAAAUGAUUCGAAUAAACUGAGUCAGUCACCAUCAAAGAGCGAACUACUAAAGGAACAUGCUCAUAACAUACAAAAUUCAACGACAAAGGCAACCAUGCGCGUGCUGAAUCCACCUCAAUUGAGAAAUAUGAACGACCCCGGAAUCGUUGAUGGUUAUGUGGAAAAUAGUUCAGAAGUAUUAAAAAUUCAGUUACAAAGUGCUCACACAGUUAUGAAAAUAUCACGAUUAAAAUUGAUUCAGUAUUUGGCUGUAUUUCGAAAACACAUACCAGGCGAUUCGACACAUGAGCUACAUCAAACGAUGGAUGGCAUCGAAGAGUUGUGUGAAUUGUUGAACGUUAAAGAAAAGCUACCAUAUACAUUGCCUACGCCCGUCGAACCAGCAUUUGAGGCAAAUGAAGCGGCUGUCACACCGAAUCGUAAACACAUCGAUAAAAAAACCGACUCAAACGAGCAAAUGUAUGCAAAUUUGGAGUCACAAUCAUCGGAAACCGAAACAGAACCACCAAAAUUAGUAAGAGUGCCUAUUGGUUCAUUGCCACCACUUCAGAUUUCACCGUCAAGACAAAUAAGUCCAAAAUUUAAUCAAGAAUAUAACGUUAACAUGUUAUAUACGAAUUUUGAAUAUAUCGGUAAGGCAGACACAAAUUCAAAUGCGUCUGCAAAAGUACGGUACGAAAUUCCAGAAAAUCGAUUAAGUCGUACAGCAACACUGAUACUGGGCAAUCGAAAAGAAUUGGAAAUGCAUGAAUUUUCAUCCAAACUGGCUGAUAAUCAGGUUGUUGGCGAGGGUAGCAGGAGACAGAUACCGGAAAUCGAUCCAUCAGGUGAUCGCCCGAGCGAAUAAAGCAUCGUUUUCAUACACACAUUUUUGGAAUAAUUAUUAUACAUUUUUAUUUAUCACAAAUAAAACGUUUUAUUCCCAAAGAA